AACAUUGUUUGAAUCGGGAUUCUUCAAGAACAACAAAGACGAUAGAUACGCACAAAUACAGAGCUUGGGUUACCUGUGGCAAGGAUAAACAUUCUAUAGAAACAUUUUCGUUUUAAAAAGUUAAAGUGUUAGUGUAUCGAUUGUUUCAAAAAGAGUUCCCGUGUGUUGCGUGGCUACUGAUUGCGUUUUAGCUCUGGGAUUGCAUUAGUUUUUAUUUGUUGCUGUUUCAUUGUAACGCGUUUGGGUCGACUAUUAAUCGUCUCCGACUGCCGCGCGGAUACUUUCCGACUUUGCGUUGACUCUCCGAUGAACAAUCGAUCCAGUGAAGGUAUCUGUCACCUGCCCAUAGCUAACGGAAAAAGCUUUUGAAAGCGAAGAUCACACAUGUCAUAGAGGCGAUAAUAGCUGAUGCGGCUAAUCAAUACAGCAAUCGGCCACAAAACACUGCCCACGUAAACUACAGAGCUAAAACACACAACAGUCAACCGGGGCUUAAAGUAAUGUGAAAUACGAACAAAAAAUAUUACAAGUACGCUUAUCACAAACACGGAGGCUGAAGUAUACCCUUUUAAGUGCAAGAAUUUACAAAGUAAAAGCAAUGUUACAAAUUAUUCAUGAUUUUAAUGCUGUAGAUGUCUUGAUUUGAUUGUGUUUUAGAUAAUUUCACAUUACCAACACCUCAUAAAGUCAUCAUUGCCACCUUGAUGGUGUCAAACAAAACAGAGACCAGAAGUACAGAAUGCACCAGACGCUAUAAUGGAGAACGUCAAAGGGCUUAUCUCUAAGUAUAUACCAGUCUUUAUUUCCAGCAAAAAGGACUCUUCAGACCAAGAAUACAUACAUGUAAAGCGUGAGGAAGAGGUGGACGAUGAUGAUUAUGAGUUUGGAGGGAAGACGUGCGCGGUCGAGGCCGGAGACGAAGAUAAUGGAGAGGAAAAAGAAAAGGAGAAAACAUUAGACGAGACCUCAGGAACGAAGGGAAUAAGCUCAGAUGUGCCGCAAAAAAGUACCACAAGUCUUCAAGCGGCGUGGAACAUUUCCAACCUUAUUCAAGGUACUGGUACUCUCGGUAUUCCAUACGCGGUGAGCAAGGGUGGCUACAUGGCUCUUGUGGCAAUCGUCUUUAUCGCGGUCAUCACGAACUACACCGGGAAACUCAUAAUCGAGUGCUUGUACGAGCGGCCCAUGAACGCUGACGGAAAGCGUGGCAGGCGACUAAGGAAGAGCUAUGCAGCGUUAGGUCAGUCGUGCUGGAAGCGAAAAGGAGCCCUCCUCGUUUGCGCCGCGCAAGUGAUGCAGCUCACUUGCGCAUGUGUGCUUUAUCUCAUGCUAGUAACCGACUUCUUCUACGAUCUAUUUGAGCACAAGGGUCUGUCGCGCACGGCGUGGUCCAUUCUAGCAGGUGUGGUACUUCUCCCGUCCAUCUUUCUUAACCAGCUAAACCGGAUCUCGUGGUUGAGUAUGUUCAGUGUUUUCGCACUGGUAAUGGUCUUCUUGACUGUGAUUGGGUACGGCGUUAGUCAGCGCUACUCUUGGGACGCACACAUGCCUUUCACCACCCCCCAGGGGCUGCCUGUGGCGUGGGGGAUCAUCUUGUUCAGCUUCGUCUGUCACCCGUAUUUACCUGGGAUCGAAGAAAACAUGACGUCACCGGAAUCUUUCGACCAAGUCAUGAACUACUCCUUCAUCAUUUCCGCUGCCACCAAACUCAUCUACGGCUUUAUCGCGGUCCUCACGUUCAAGCAAGACACCAAGCAAGAAAUAUCCGAGAAUCUGCCAGCAGGGGCUUUGGAGAACACGGCCAAUGGCUUUUUAGGUCUCAAUGGCCUUUUCUCGUACGCCCUACCAACCUUUACUCUGUUCACAGUGCUGAAUAAGGCUCGCUUGCCAUGCCUUCCUCGAUGCUUCCCAGAUGAGAAGACGCCGUUCACCAAGCAGGAACGUGGGGUCGUGUAUCUCUUGAGGGCGGUAUUCGUAGUGCUGACCGUGGCUAUCGCUGUCUUCGUACCAGAGUUCUCGCUUCUCAUGGCUAUUAUCGGUAGUAUUUCUGGAGUGUUUCUGACGCUCGUGUUCCCGCCGUUGUUUUAUAUCAUUCUCCACUUGGAGCAUAUCAGUAGCAAGCAGUACGUGGUGAAUAUCUUGAUCGUGUGUGUCGGAGUACUCAGUGGAGGUUUUGGGCUUGUGUUCUCCGUCAUUGCUUUGAUGAAAGUGUAUCUGACGGGAGAGGAUUAGAUGACCUGGCCUUUAAACGAACGUCUAAUCUCAGGGUAGAGGAUAAGCUUAACUGGACCCUGCUCUUGGGAACCACAUCUCACUGGAGUCAUUGAGAUAUUACUCCUCCAAAAAACAGAAUGUCUACUGCUUCAGGUGCAGAGAGGAGAACUUAGCUGUAAUGGAGAUCGCUCUUCGAAGAAUCCUUAAGAAAUUCCAAUAACAAUUCUAAAAUAAUCACAAAGAAAUUCCAAUGAACCGCUAAAGUGGUUCUACAAUUAAAAACAAGAACAAAUGUAAAAAUAUAUAAGGACAAUUCUAAGAAACUGAGUGAUCAACAUUUAAUUAGCAGAUAUAGUAUGUAAUAAUUCCCUCUCGUGUUACUUAGUCUGAUGUGUUUGAGUUUUGUGUGUAGGGGGGGGGGGGAGGUUGUUCUUUAAGUUUUAAAAGAAGAUGAAUGGUUGCAGGGUUCUCGUCCGCCUUAAGCUAACGAGCAGGGUGUUUGACCAGUUUGAGGAAUUGUUUUAAUUAAGUUGCAUAAAGAAAGACCUACCAUCUUUUUAAUUAAAUAAAAGCCUGUUUUUGCUCA